UUUCAAUUGAAAGUUUCCUUCUGUUUACAGUACGGACAGUACAGUACACGAGUUCAGUCAGUUUAGUCCUUCGGUUCUGCCGGAGCAUUAGUUGUUGAGUCUGUGCGGUCGUAGAGCGUUCUGUGUCGUUUACUUUCACUAGUUUCUGAUCGAAGAGUGUUUACCUUGAGGCUGCUGCAGCUUGCUUCCAUUUUUUAUGCUUUCUAGUAGUUACGUGCUCUCUUGUUAGUGCGACUGCUGUAGAGUUGCGUCAUCCGUGAACGGGGAAUCUCCUGCAGGAACGAUGUGUCCACUAUGGCCGGUUCACACGAUCAUCAUGUACCUGCUGGUGCUGUUGCCGCUGUGGCUGCUGUCGUGCAGCAUCAUGCACGUGUCUGCAUCCAAGCUGACGGUCGACUUCAUCCCGACCGACAACAUCCAGCUGCCGAUGUCGGAGACGGCGCCGCUCACCGUCAUCUACCAAUCGAGCGAUUUCACGCCGGACGACAAGCAGCGUGGCAACUUCUAUCUGCUAAGUGAUAGGCCUGGCGUCGUUUCCGUGCCUGCCAAGGAUGUGUUCAUCAACACGCACCAGAUUAACAAUAUGACGUUCAUGUCGGUGUUCAAUGUCAGCGCCAAUUUUCUUGGCUACGCCAGCGUCAAAGCCGUCUUCGAAAAGGAUUCAGAAAUUCGAGAGUCCGAGAAGACGGCAAAAUUUACAGUUGUGAGACAGGAACGUCCGAUCGACCGAAUGUUCCUUAUAAGUGUGAUUGUUCUCGUUUUUAUUCUCUACAUAAACUUCGGCUGUGCUCUCGACUUGGAGGUUCUCAUGCAAACCAUUAAACGACCAAUCGGCCCGGCUAUUGGCGUCUUCUGUCAGUUCAUCGUUAUGCCGAUUAUUGGAUUUUUGAUAGGCCAGCUAUUGUUCAAGGACUCGACAGCUCUGCAGCUUGGAUUCUUCUUCACUGGUAUUGUGCCAGCAGGAGGUGCCUCCAACAUAUGGACCUGCAUAUUGGGUGGCAACCUCAAUCUCAGUAUUACUAUGACAACUGUUAGCACAUUCACCGCAUUUUUGCUGAUACCAUUCUGGUCGUUCACUCUGGGUCGCGUAAUCUUCGCCAAUGGCAACAUGAUGGUGCCUUACGGCUCAAUCGCCCGCUCUGCGAUCAGCCUCAUCAUUCCACUCGUGAUUGGCGCAUUCCUGCAAUUCCACGCCCCCAAAUUCUCCAAAUUGAUGGUGCGAAUACUGAAACCGUUCUCAGCCGCCCUUCUGCUCUUCAUCAUAGCAUUUGCAAUCGUCACUAACUUGUACCUCUUCAAAUUGUUCACCUGGCAAAUCGCAUUAGCGGGCUUCUGUCUUCCAUUUUUCGGUUACCUGUUCGGCGGCAUAAUAGCCAGAUUGUUGAAUCAGAAGCCUGAGGACUCGCUGGCCGUGUCGAUCGAGACAGGAGUCCAGAAUACAGGUGUCGCCAUCUUCAUGCUGCGUUACUCGCUAGGCCAGCCUGAAGCCGACAUAACUACUGUGGCACCUGUAGCAGUUGCUAUAAUGACUCCAAUUCCUCUGAUUUUGCUGCAUCUGCUAAGAAAGUGUCUUCACAAUCAGAUUUACAGUCCAAAAAACUCUCAAGACGCGUAUAGCGAAAAAAUAACGACUAUAUCAAACGAUGACUAUUUAACUGCGCAUGCGUGAUGUCUGAGACUUCCUUAAGUAUACAAUUGGUUGCAGGCACAACCAGUUUAGUUAUUGCUACUUAAAAUAUAGAGAAAAAAUCUUAUUCUACAAAUUGUAUUACAUUUUAAAUUUAGUACAACACCUCGAGUACAAUAAUUUUAAAUUGUUGACUAUAUGAUAUAUUAAUUUCCUGUUAGUCCCCAACAUUGUUAGUACAGUGCCAAAUACUCUAGACUUUCAUAUUUUAGUUACCAUGACAGUAUUCUAUUUUAGUCGAAAUUACUUAAUGAAAUCCGAACAAGUGCUGCAAGUUGACCUACUGAGCACAACUUGAAAUGGAUAGGCUUCAAAGAAGUAAUGAAAGGACUCAUGAAGUUGAUAACUAUUCAAGUAGUAUUAAAAGGACAUACGUUUUCAUUGUUUUACAAUGAAUUAUCAUAUGUUUGUUGGAAAUUUAAGAACAAAUAAUAAUUGGACUAGUGUUCAGCAAUACCUAUAUCAUUGAAACUAGAACCGUAUGGACUACUCCACCUCUCUAAUAAUAAUCACUGAACGGUUAAAUUAUUAUUUCUUAGAGACUGUGACAUUCGUUAGAAAUUGUAGAGCAGAAAAAUUAUGUUUAUAGAUUUAUUGUCUGUUUUGCGGUUUAGCCGGUCGUUGCAUGCAAAUUAAAAUAUUUAUAAUGUUAUAACGAGGAUAGUAAACUGUAAUAGACAUUUUGCGAACAUGAGAAACAUUGACAAUUUUUAUCUUGAUAUUCUUCUUGAUAUAAUUGUACUUUAGUGCAUUCAAUUAUUAAAUUAUUUUCAUAUUUUUAGUCCAACUAUUCACUUACCACAAAUUGUAUUUUUAUAUUUGUUUAUUCGAUGAUACUGUAUUAUAAUGACAGUAUUAAAAUUUUAAAAUGUGAUGUUUAAGCAAGACUGAAUUUCUUUCUGAAUUUCAUUGAUUUGAAAAAUUACCUUGAAUAUUUGCUUUAUGUAUACGAUAUCAUUGCAUUUACAUAAAAAAGGUUUUUAUCAUAACAAAUUGAAUCCUAAGUAUAUAUUUGUAUGAAAGAAAUAUUAAAGAAAGAAUUAUCAUACAGGAUAGCCAGCAAUAUUAUUUUGUUCGUAAUGUUUCUCAUAAUUUCUCGUUACUCACUAUUAGAAACUAUUUCAAGCAAUUACAAUAUUACUUUAUUUAACACGUAGUCUCAAUAAAUUACAGACAAUUCUACAUUUUGAUCCAUUUUUAUUAACUAUGCAUCUAGUUGAAAUCAUUAGAUCUGUAUGUGCUUAGUAAGUAAAAUAAUGUGUCGAGAACAGCGAAAUCAAACUCACUUAAAACAACUUAUGUGGCAAUGCUACGAAGAGGUUCUAUUUUGCAUGUUAAAAUAUUCUCUUUAUCAUCAAAACACAAAUUUGGGUUUCACAACUUACAAGAUUUCAUUUUCAAAUUUCAAUAUUUUAGAUGAAUGUAAUUCCUAUUAUUUGGAAUCCUGAAUGAGUUAGUAAUUAAUAUGAUUGUGUUGGAGAAUGUACAACCAUGUUUUGUUAGUAUUAUGUCAAACAUCCUCUUAGUGGAGCCAUAGGCCUACUAGUUGGUUCUUGAUUUUCUAAUAAAAAUUAUUUUAGAAGUUGAA